CCGUCACCCCGGGAGCCGGCAGCAGCAAUGGGCAACUGGCUGUUCGGCGCCGGCCCAGAAACGGUGUACUCGGUACCUGCUCAGGACCUGGAUGACUACGUGCAGACCUCGCUGAGGCCGACGGGAGACUGUCAGAAACAGAUCGAUGAGGCCGUGGACAGCAUCUGCGCCGCCCUGCAGGGAGCCACGGCGCCUCCCAUGGUGACAGACGUGGCCAGAGGUGGCUCCUACGGCCGGAAAACGGUCUUAAGGGGCAACUCCGAUGGCACCCUUGUCCUCUUCGUCAGCGACCUUGAAAAAUUCCAGGAUCAGAAGGAAAGGCGACCUGAAAUCCUCAGCGAAAUCUGGCAGCGCCUGGGAGCUUGUCAGCUGGAAAGGAAGCUGACAGCCAAGAUGGAGAUCCAGAGGCCCAGCGGGGGCCUCACCAUCCGGCUGUCCACGAAACAGCAGAGCGUCACGUUUGACGUGCUGCCCGCCUUCGAUGCUCUGGGCUUAAGUGGCAAGCCCAGCCCCUCGACCUAUCGAGACCUCAAAAGAGCCUUGGACAAGGCAAGAGCCAGCCCCGGUGAAUUCUCAGUCUGCUUCACAAAACUCCAGCAGAACUUUUUUAACAACCAUCCCAGGAAGCUGAAGGAUUUGAUCCUCUUGGUAAAGGACUGGUAUCGACAGUGCCAGAAACGGUCGGAGCAUCGGUCCCUGCCAUCCUCAUAUGCUCUAGAGCUGCUUACCGUCUAUGCCUGGGAAGAGGGGUGUGGAGAGGAAGACUUUGAUAUCGUUCAAGGCCUCAGGACUGUCCUAGGGCUCAUCGAGCAGCAGGAGAAGCUGUGUGUCUAUUGGACAGUCAACUACAACUUUGAGGAUGAGACCGUCCGGAACGUCAUGCUGGGCCAGAUCCGAUCAUCAAGGCCAGUAAUCUUGGAUCCAACUGACCCCACCAAUAUGGUGAGCAAAGAUAAGACGUGCUGGCGACUGCUAAAAGAAGAAGCUGAAGACUGGUUAUCUUGUCCCAGCCUGAGAGAGUCACCUGGACCAUCUUGGAAUGUUCUGCCAGCACCGCUCCACGAGACCCCAGGCCACCACCUGGAUAAAUUCAUCAAGGACUUUCUCCAGCCCACGAAAACUGUCAAAAUUCAGAUCAAGACAGCGGUUGGCAUCAUCUCGAAGUUCCUUAAAGAAAUCUGCUUCCGGCACUCGGCCACGAAGGUUCAGAAGCCCAUCAAGGCAGGGUCGUCCGGCAAAGGCACCGCCCUCAAGACCGGCUCUGACGCCGACCUCGUGGUGUUCGUGGACUCGCUGACCGGCUUCCCCUCCCAAAGGGCUGAGCGGUACGACGUCAUCAAGGAGAUCAAACAGCAGCUGGAAGCCUAUCAGCAGCUCGCGGCCGAGCAGGACCUGGAAGUGACGUUCGAGAUCUCCAAGUGGGAGGCUCCCAGGGUGCUGAGCUUCUCUCUGAAAUCCAAACAUCUCCCCGGGCCUGUUGACAUGGAUGUGCUGCCGGCAUUCAAUGCGCUGGAGAAGCUGGGACCUCUCUGGAGAGUCUACACCAAGCUCAUCGCUCAGUACCAGCAGCACCCCGACACCCCGGGGGGCGAGUUUUCUGCCUGCUUCACAGAGCUGCAGCGAGACUUCGUCAGCUGCCGGCCCACCAAGCUGAAGGAUCUGCUUCGCCUGGUGAAGCACUGGUACAAGCAGUGUGAAAGGAGACUGAAGAAAAAGGGGUCGCUGCCCCCCAAGUACGCCUUGGAGCUGCUCACCAUCUACGCCUGGGAGCAGGGCAGUGGGGCCACGAGUUUUGACACCGCCCAAGGUUUCCGGACGGUCCUGGAGCUGGUCACCCGGUAUCAGCAGCUCUGUGUCUUCUGGACGGUCAACUACAACUUCGAGAAUGAGACUGUGAGGAACUUCCUGCUGAGCCAGCUCCAGAAACCCAGGCCUGUGAUCUUGGACCCGGCCGAUCCUACUGGCGACGUGGGCGGAGGGAACCGCUGGUGCUGGCAUCAUCUGGCGAACGAAGCUGCCGAAUGGCUGUCCUCUUCUCUCUGCUUCAAGGAUGGAACGGGCGGUCCCGUCCCAUCGUGGAAAGUGCCAACAGUGCAGACACCAGGAAGCUGUGGGGCCGGUGUCCGGCCUGUGGUCAAUGAGAUGUUCUCAUACAGAAGUCGUGGAAUCCUAGACUGACAAUGCUAGGAGAAACUUCUGGAGGUCACCUGACAAUUGCUUCUGAAGAAUCAGUUCACUGUGUAAAUGCGUAUCCCAGAUCCCUUCCUCCCCCCGGCCCCCUUCCGGCUCCUUCCCUGGUUUCCCGGAUGCCUCUUCUCAUCAAGACUGCCUUGUCCUUCUCAGAAAGUCUCGUAAACUCUCGCCUUGCUGGGCUCUCACUCUGUGAGUGGCCUGCUUUAUUAAAAAU